GCCUUACACACUAAGAAAGAGGCUGGAGUUAGAUUUUGGUUAUAUCAGAAGGAAUACUUGAGCAAAGGACCUGUUGAACAUACAUAGCCUAGCUCACAUUUGGAAGUUCUUGGUAGAGAAGUGCUCACCAAGAGCAAAAGCAAUGGGAAUCAGCAUAGCUUUUUAAAUAAAAGCAUUCCAGAAACUGCCUUUGAGCAAAUUGCUCUAGCUUAUGAAGUCCAGGAAUGCUGUGAGGCCCACAGGACUUCCCUGGACCAGCCAGCUUCCUACUGGAGGCAGGGCACUGAGAAGAGUGUGAGCAAAUGUGCCCAUCUGUCCUCUAGGAGCUAAGGGCCAACUGAGCCAACAGUGCUCUGACUAAUUACAGUAGCACCUUCCCUUCCUUUGGGGGGAUGGGUGGGGAAGAAGAUGUAGACAGGCACAGCAUAACUUCCAUUUCUUAUGGGGGAAUAGUAGAAGAUGAAUUAUACAGAUUAAUAUGUUGAUGCACCUAGUUAAUUUAUUCUGUAGUAGUUGCUUGAGAGAAAAUUCAAUUCUAUUUUCCAUUAUUGUUUUUCUCCUUCAAGAGUGUUGGAGAUAGAGAAGUAGAAAGAUAUUGGGUUGAAGGAAAAGAAUAUCUCUGUUUUAACUUUCCUUUGAUUUGUCCCAAUUCUAGGAGAAGACUCUCAAUACUGUCAGGACAGUCUCACCAGGCCAGCCAUAGGUUAUAGCAAUAGUAACGCAGAUAUACUAUCUGAAUAGCUCUGUGCACUUCUUAGAAUAAAACUUGGGAAAAUCAGGUGCAUAAAUGGAUUAGGCAAUUCUGGAAUAUCUUGUCAAGAAGAAAAUCCUUGCUGUUAUUUUUUCUAAUGAAUUUAAGCAACAAACCUCAAAACAUCUUUUGCAUCUGAAGGGGUCCAUAGUCUAUAAUGUGACAGCAAGAGCUUCAUGUGGUGACUGUGAGAGUUUGGAGGGAUGAGGAGGUGGAUACUGGUGCUCAGCAAGGUGAAUAUCUUGGCCACAGACUUACUUGCUUCCAUUCCAGCAGCGUCAGCCAUGCAAACAGCACAGAUCUCAAGCACAAAUCAGCAUCCUUUGUAAAGUACGUUUGUUUAAUGUGCACUUGGAGUUAGAAAUUUAUUUCUGCUUCACUUAGACUUACAUUCCCUUGAUUUUCUUACCUAAUUUUGAUAGAUGUGUAAAAAAAAGUGCCUUGGUUAGCUUCUAAGAACCUUCUGUCUGGGACUCUUGCCCUUCUUUCCCAGGAGGAAGCUCAUUAGAGCAGUUUCUUUAGAAAAAUACCAUCUUAUCAGCAGGGACUGUCUCAUAAUUUCACUUAACCCUUGCUCAGCUAUCUACCUUGGGAAACACAAUCCAUCUUUGUGACUUUAUGGCCCACCUUAUCUGCCUGAACUGAGGGAGAGAUAACCUUGUGAGCAUGCUUCUGAGAUCUGUGCCCGUAGUUAACAACAUCUUGCAGUGGGGAUUCUGUACUGUGCUGUGUCUGCAUGCCCUCUCUGUCAGAGCCUCCCUGUCCAUGUCUGUUCGUCCUCCCAGACUAACGCACCUCUGCAGAGCCUCUCCCUCCCAUCUCUGCUCCUGAUCCGCUGUCUGGGCAAAUGGCUAUAGCAGCUCAUCACCUCCCUUCAAACCUACAUCGAGCCUUCAUGAAGUUACUUCUUAUCUGAUUGCAUGCAAUCACAUGAGCACAGACAGCCUGGCUACCGACUCCAGCCCUGCAAACAAGCCUUGGUUGGUGUGUCUUGACGACAGGUUUGGCUUAGCUCAUCAAAUCCGCAGCAAGCAGUGCCGCCUCUACUCUUUAGGGCUGGGAAGUGACGAUACCCGUUUUGAGGUGAGCAUGGCCAAUGACGGAUGCGAAGUGCACCGUUUUGACCCUACUGUCAAAUCAGCUCACGUUCUGGAGAGUCAGCGCCUGUGGUAUCACCGCCUCUCCAUCGACUGGCGUGAUCCUCAUCCUGCUCUUGCCGCCCAAAAACCGUACAGCAACACCAGAAAACUGGGAAGUAUUUUGAAUGAAUUUGGGCAUCACAAGAUUGAUGUUCUCAAGGCAGAUCUGGAAAGUGCAGAAUGGAAAGUUUUGGAAAAUCUUAUUCUGGAAGAUGUCCUUGAACAGAUUGGACAGCUUGUCUUUGAGAUUCAUCUCCACUGGCCUGGGUUUGAGGUCAGCGGCAGUGACAGCAGCGUUGUGAGGUUCUGGUACAGCCUUCUCAAAGAGCUAGAACAGAAGGAUUUCAGGCUUUUUCACAGUUACAAAGAUUUAUCUAAACCUCAGCUAUUCCUGAAGAAAGAUCUUUUCAAUGCUAGUAGCUGUUACACUUUGAGUUGGGUGAAUACAAGGUGGAAAUAGGGUUUAGGACUUCAUCAGAAACACAAGGAAGGAUUUUGCAGAAUGGAACAAGUCUACCACGCUGGUCCUAUGUUUGCUGUCCAGCCUCUCACCUGCCUGUUGUUAUGGACUUGAGAUGGGGAUUGUGAUUGCUUCUGUAGAUGUGUUCCCUGGCACUGGACAGGGGUAGUCAAUACUUGUUGAAGGGACUAACUCCGUCAUUCCCAUCUGCCCAAACUCAGCCUCUUUCUCUUUUUGCCUUUGACAGAAUGGUGAUGUUUGUUCCCCUUCACUUGUAUUUGGAAGCUAAUUCCUCAGUUCAUUACCAAUUUCUCUCCAACUCAUUAUGUAACUAGAGUCCAUGAACUUACAAACAUUAUGCAAAUUUGCCAUUUUACUAAGUUGAUAUUCUUAAAUUCAUUGUCCACCUUUUAAAAUUGGAUCUUUCAUCUGACUUCUGUCAUCUCUUUCAAGGUUUUGCUUGUCUACAUAGUCAAUAGCAUUCUUUAUAGCCUUGUGGAUAUCAAAAUUCCUUCUCAGCCUUUGCUGAGGCCAUGCUGUGGCUUUGUAAGAAUCACUGAUUCUAGUUUCUGGGAAUUCAGACACACCAAAUUCUGACCCUGAGUUUUUUUUGUUUUUUUUUUAAACAAGACUAUCAACAGCUUCAAUUCAACAUUCUUUUCAUAUUCAGCCUUAAUGCUCCUUUAUUACUUAAUAACCUAAGUCUCCUCUGCCCCUUGUGCUUUAAAAGAUGAUUUCCCUGCCAGACUUGCUUAUGCUGUCACAUCUUUGUUUUUUAAUACACGAUCUCAAACUUUAAGUACAUUUCUCUUUACUGCCAGCUGACAUCAUUUAUGACUGUGGCUGAAAAUCAGUCUCUUGCCCAGUGUUGCAGUGGUUCCAAUUCUUUUUGUAUAUUUUUUUUAAAAUGAAGAAGAUUAAGUAGGUUCUCAAUGGUUCAAAUGAUUUGUUCUUUUCUUUUUGGUGCUGAGGAUGAAACUCAGGACCUCGUGCUUGCCAGGCAGGUAUGGUGCCACUGAGCAACAUCCCCAGCUGGGUUCAAAUGAUUUUUGUCAUUGCUAUUUACGGGAAUAGGCUCUCCUAUGCCUGCUUUUCCAAAAUAUUCUAUUUUGAAUAAAUUAAUGAAAUAGCAUAAAAUAAGAGAAAUUAAUUAAGUAUAUUUCUGGCAUUUUUGCAUCCUGAAAGUGUGAAACUAUGUAUGUUGUUCAAACAAUUUUGGAGGAAAUAGAAUACUGGGCAUGCUUUAUCCUGUCUCCCAUUCUUUUUUUUUUUUUUUUAACUUGCUUCUACCCUUAGACAUUCCCUGUUAUUUUUCUUGCAAUGGUUUAAAAAAAUAACUAUUCUUCAAGUGAGAAACCCAUAUAUAUUACAAUAGAAUGAUCUCAUUAACUGAAGUUCAAAAGAGAACAGAAUUUCUGAAUUAGUUGUGAAUUUUUUUAAAAAUGAGAUUUUGAUUUUGAAAAUCAUAAAAUCAUAAAGCACACAUUAGAGGUGUUGUAGCUUGAAUAAGUGUGACUUGAAACGGCAGCUCAGUCCCUUCAGUGAACAUCAGGUAGUGGUGCUGUAUGAGGGCCUGCGUCCUACAGCAGCCAUGCACAGCCCUCUCUGUCGACACAUGAGCCAAGUAACCCAGUAUUGCCCCAUCACCUGAGCAUUCAGGUUCAAUUGCAGUGUUGGCACUUAAUGAUAAGUAAGUGGGACUUUGGCUGCAGUUUGGGCACUUGAUCUCCAAAAGGUUCGUCAUCACUGACAGGCAUUUUAAAUGAGCAGAAGCAUCCACGAAAGCUCUGGCAUGGUUUGUACUAUCAGUUUGUAUGAUGUGAUCUCCAAAGCAAAGCUAACUUUAGUCCAGUUCUGUUGGGAUUAUUUCACAGAUUUUUUUCAUUAAAAUUUUAUACACUGAAAUGUAUAUAGUAAAUGGUUUUAUUCACUGGCAUGUGGAGCACCCUAGUCUUAAGUGUCUAAUUUGUUCAACUUUUAGAUGUGUCUAUACUUGUAUCAAGAUUUUUAAUUCACAGAAUGGGAGACUUGUGGCAUUACUGGAAACUUCCAUGGGUAAAGCAAAUUAACUAACCCAGAACAGUGAUACAGAACAUUAACUUCAUCACACUAUAUAUAUCUGAAGCAAGAAUGGAUGUACUGUUAAAAAGAAUCAAACACGCCCACCCAUAUCCACCUACUAGGCAGAAUGUUCAGUCGUUAACCAUUUUUGUGAAUGUUUAUUCUCUUCGUGGGCAGUACGAAAUUUAGGAUGAUAAUCUAAUGGUUACUAGGGUUUCCCUGCCUCUAGAAUCGAUUGUGCUUAUCAUGGAGGCCACAGUUUCUUAACCUCAGCGCUAUUGCCAACUGGGACUAGACCAUCCUUUGACGGGGUGGGAGGAAUGCCCUCCCAUAUUGUAGAUGUGUAUUGUGAGUUGUUUAGCAGCAUCACUGACCUCUACCCACUAGAAGGCAGGAGCAACAGUUACACCCCUCAAGUUGGGACUAACAGAUGCCUGCAGACAGUGGCGUAUGUCCCCUGGAGCACAAACUAUCUACCAUGGAGAGGUAGUGAUGUGGGCCAUGAGAAGCGGGCAGGCUACUGCAGUGCUAAUGUUUGCUGGUAAAGAACUGGCAAAUACAAGAUCCUCUAUGGGGGAAUAGAUAAAGUAAUAACCAUCACCCCCAGAACCCCCACAAAAUGAGCACAAAUGGAAUACAACAAAACAGCAAAAACAGGAUUUACUAUUUAUGCCAAGCACUUUGCAUAGAUUAUUCCUAGUUCAAUUCAGCAGAAGUGCAAUGUUUCCAAUUGUAUGGGUAGAGAAAGUCUGCGUGGUUACACAGUUUAUGCAGAAUAUCCAGCUAGGAGCUGGUGAAAUAGGAAUCUAUGUUCAUUCUCAAUCUGUCAGAUCCCACAAAGACUGUGCUGUGUCUCCAACACCACACAGCCCCAUAAUCGUUACCAAGCAUAAUAUGCUGCAUCAGAAGGUCACGUUAUUAGCCUUCUUAUUAGUAAAAGGGGGAAAAAACUACCUUGGAAAAAAUGAACAGACUGAAGAUCGCUUUACAUUUGCAUCAGGGCAGAACAAAAAUAAAUUCAUGAAUACAUAGCAUUGAACCCUGUAAGCAUUUUUACUUUAUCAGAUCUUUUAGUAAAUACUGUCCAAGAUUUGAAUUUCUUAAUUAUUAAAUGUUGGAAUUUACAAAGUUUGGAUUAAACCAGUAAGCCAGGCUCACUACAUUUUGGUCAGUUUAUAAAUGAAGGCCUCAUUUAAACAGGUUUUUCUACGUCAUAAUACAACGACAUCCAAAAUAUCUUUCUUUGACUUGCAUUAAAAGAGGUAUUUGAGAUUCAGUUCUAUGAGCUCAUAACCCCAAAAGGUUCCAUCUUUUUUAAACUGCCUAAAUUUAAAGACUGUAUUUUUUGAAUAAUUUUAUCAUAUCUCUCUCCUUAAAAAUUAGGUCACUCAGGGUUAAUGUCAUCACCCUUUAUGAUUAGAACUAUAUGGAAAAAAUCCUAGUCCUCAAGGCAUAUAAAUGAAUGCUAUCUAAAACCAGCAGCUUCCUAUUCUCAUGUACAACUCUAGUGAUUUGACUUUGUACUGUAAGAUUGAAAUAAGGGAUUAUUUUGGGGAGAGUGUAUCCAACUUUGAAUUCUAAUCUGGAUUAUUUCAGCAGAGAAGCCCAAGGCACACAGGAAUGAUAGCCAAAUAAUAUAUAGCACUAAAAGUGAUCUGUUGCAAAAUGUGAUGAUUAGUUAAUGCAAAUGAACUGUGUACUUGAAAUUUGCUGAAAGUAUAUUUUAAAUGCUCUUACCCCCUACAAAGGCUAGGUAUGUGAAAUAAUGGAUGUUAGCUUGAUUUAAUCAUCCCACAUACUUACAUAUACAAUGAGAUAGCCUUGUGAUAAGAAUGUGUAAGUAUUACUUGUAAAUUUAAAAAAGUAUAUCCCAUGAAAUACUCUGGACAUAUUUUUAUACAAAACAAAACAGGACUGGGGAUUCAGCUUGG